UCCCUCACACUCUAUCGCUCCCUCCCUCUCUCUUCUAUGCUUCUCCCUCUCUCUCUCUCUCCCUCUGUUCCUGCCGGUUUGGUGCUGAGGUUGGGCGGAUGGCAGCGGAACAGCGCGGCUAGAGAGCAUCCCAGCCUCUCCCGGACACACAGCUCGUUACCAGGCAGCAGCUGCAUCACCCCCAUCCAAAGCCAGUGGGACUGGAUUUAGAAAAAAAACUACUAUCUUAUUGACUGCAAUACAUUUGGCGUGAGAAAAAACACCCAACCGCAUAAGAAAAAAACUCCCAUUGACUUCAAUGCAUUUAAACCACUGUGGACAUUGCUGAGAUGAGAAAGAGGCAGCAGGCACAAAAUGAAGAAAUCUCGACAGUGUCUCAAGCUCCUGGUGGGAAUCAAAGGCCAAACACAUGCUGCUUUUGUUGGUGCUGUUGUUGCAGCUGCUCAUGCCUCACUGUUAGGAAUGAAGAAAGAGGGGAGCAAGCAGGACGACCGACACAUACAACAAAAAUGGAGAAUAUACAGGUUGAAGAAGAAUGCCAAACUCCUACUGCUGAAGAAAUUUUGUCCUGGUCCCACAAUUUUGACAAGAUGAUGAAAAGCCCUGCAGGACGAAACCUCUUCCGAGAAUUUUUACGUACAGAAUAUAGUGAAGAAAAUCUUCUGUUCUGGUUAGCAUGUGAAGACUUGAAGAAUGAACAAAACAAGAAAAUAGUUGAAGAUACAGCUAGAAAUAUUUAUGAAGAUUAUAUCUCUAUACUUUCACCAAAAGAGGUCAGCCUCGACUCUAGAGUGCGUGAAGUGAUCAACCGGAAUUUGCUGGAUCCUACCCCCCAUAUGUACGAAGAUGCCCAGCUUCAGAUCUAUACAUUGAUGCACAGAGACUCUUUUCCAAGGUUUUUGAACUCACAAGUCUAUAAGUCUCUUCUUGAAAGUACAGAAGGCUCAAUCACUGAAUCUUAGCUAAAACCUCUGGAUAACAUAUCUUGUUUUCUUAACAGAACACAUAUGUAGUUUAUUACCAUCAGACACUGAGUUCCUGGAGAACUCCACUUGUGCACUACUCAGGCUACUGUGAAGAAUAACUUUAAAAAUUGUUUGGUCUCCGUCUCCAUUUUUACAAGCUCUUCAUCUUUGAGUUUGAAAAACAGCAACACUGGAAUUGCCACAUUUGUUUUCUAUGCUAUUUACUUGAGUAUAUCAUUACAAUGAUAUAUUGGGUGGACUAUGAACAGACUCCUUGUUUUAUUUCAUGUUGCAUGUGCAAGGGUAAUAGCUGUCCUCAACACACCAAUUCAUUGUUGCAAUAUAUAGCCAAUUGCAUUAACGACGUAGUUACUGACAUUUUAUGUGCAAUACAGUAUUAUGUUCAAAUAUUGAAAUGAAACUUUGGCUUGAUUUGUAUUCCUUCAGAUGGGCAUUUUAGGAUAAUCCAAUUUUCAAUUAGAUGGUGUUUUACAGUGGUAUAAAGAGUGGAUACUAACAAGCCAAUACACAAACAAGCAAAGCUAAUUAUCCUUGUGUGGAGGAAAUUAAAGUGGAAUUUCCACGGAUGUUCACUGCCAAACUGUGGCUCUCUUAUAUUUUUAUUAAUGAGUUUGCAAUGUCAAAUAAGCACAAGCAAUCUAAAGGAUACCUUGUAUGGAUGACCAAAUAUUUCAGCUGAUAUUGUUUAUUGUUCUAGCAAAAAAAAAAAAACAUAUUUAUGUACAUUGUAAAUGUAAGUAAAACUGGGCGACCGGUUUUAACAUUGUUGUCUAGCAUUAUGUAUUUCAGCAAAAAAAAUAAAAUAAAAAUAUUUAUACUUUAAUAUUUCAAGAAAAAUAGAAA